AUGCGCCGGAUGGGACUGGCGAGCCAGAGGACCAUGGCGUGGGCUCCCGCAGGCUCCGCAGUAGAAGAGUUGAUGCCCAGGCUCUUGCCUGUGGAACCGUGCGACCUGACGGAAGGUUUCGAUCCUUCGGUACCUCCAAGGACGCCGCAGGAAUACUUGAGGCGGGUCCAGAUUGAAGCAGCUCAAUGUCCAGAUGUUGUUGUUGCUCAAAUAGACCCAAAGAAGUUGAAAAGGAAGCAAAGUGUGAAUGUCUCCCUUUCAGGAUGCCAGCCUGCUCCUGAAGGAUACUCCCCUACACUUCAGUGGCAGCAGCAACAAGUAGCACACUUUUCAGCUGUUCGACAGAGUGUGAACAGACAUAGAAGUCACUGGAAAUCACAACAAUUGGAUAGUAAUGUGACCAUGCCCAAAUCUGAAGAUGAAGAAGGCUGGAAAAAAUUUUGUCUAGGAGAAAGGUUAUUUGUUAAAGGGGCUGUUGGACCAGUUACAAAUGAAAGUCCUGGAAUCGAUUAUGUACAAAUUGGUUUUCCUCCCUUGCUUAGUAUUGUUAGCAGAAUGAAUCAGGCAACAGUAACUAGUGUCUUGGAAUAUCUAAGUAAUUGGUUUGAAGAAAAAGACUUUACUCCAGAAUUGGGGAGGUGGUUUUAUGCUUUAUUGGCUUGUCUGGAAAAACCUUUAUUACCUGAGGCGCAUUCACUGAUUCGACAGCUUGCAAGAAGGUGCUCGGAAGUCAGACUCUUAGUGGACAGCAAAGAUGAUGAGAGGGUUCCUGCAUUAAAUUUAUUAAUCUGCUUAGUUAGCAGAUAUUUUGAUCAGCGUGAUUUGGCUGAUGAGCCAUCCUGAUGUAGCUGAUCUUGGGAACUAAAGACAUUUGUGAUGAAGGAGUUUAGGAGAGCAGAGCAGUGCCGAAUCCAGUGCAGAUUGCAUCCUAUCAUCAGUACUAUGUGAAGCGGCCUCAUCUUAGCCUGUGCAACUAAAGACGAUAUUCAGAAGAUGGACUUAUUGUUUUGAUUAUCUGAAGUAUCUUUGGAGAAUUCCAGUUUCUGAUAGUUUAAAAGGUUUUUUGUAGUUACAUGUUUUUAAAACAAAUUGAGUGCCAUUUACUGGUCAAAUGUCUUUCACUAAAACUGUAUGAUGAAAUUUUAUAAAUUUUUUUGAUGCUGUUUCAUGACUGUUUACAUGUAUACUCGUUUUUUGUUUUGUUUUUUUUUUUUAAGGGCGAGGACUGAGGGGGAGAACAGGCCAGAGCAGUAGCAGAUAGGGCAUUUGCCUUGCACAGGGCUGACCAGGGUUCAAUCCCUGGCACCCCAUAUGGCCACCUAGACCUCCAGGAGUGAUCCCUGAGUACAGAGCAAGGAGCUAGGAGUAAACCCUGAGCACCAGCCAGUUGUGAACCCCCCCACACACAUACUUUCUUUGGGGGAGGGGAGGAGCCACACUUAGCAAUGUUCAUGGGCUACUACCAGCUUCCUACUUAGGGGAACAUAUGGUGCCACAGGUCAAAACUGGCCCACAUUAUGUUUCAGUUACUAAAAUUAAAAUUCAUUUUUCUCAUCAAAGACAAUAGUUAAUCAUCCUUAGAAUGACAAUAUUCUAAAUUGAAUGUCAAAUUGUUCAUAGCAGCAGAGGUAAAUACUUAAGUAUGUAUGUGGUGGGGGAAGAUUUGGACCACACGGGCGAUGCUCAGGGAUCACUUCUGCAAUGUUCAGGGGAGCAUAAGUGAUGCUGGGGAUCAAACCAGGGUAAGCCACAUGCAAGGCAAGCACCUUAAACCCUGUACUGUCUCUAACCACCUCCCCCCUCCCAGAUUUUAGUUGAGAUUUUUAACAUGGAAUCCUAGCACUUGAAUGGGAAAAAGAGCUAUAUAUAACAUUACUUUUACUAUACCUUCAACAAUGAAUACAGGCAACAAAUCACAGUAGUAUGCACUGAUACUGGUGACUUUAUUACCAAUGGAAGUUACAAAUAUUACAAAAUUAUAGUUACAAAUGCUUCAAGAUGCUUCCACUGUACUCUGAAAUAUGGUAGUGAUUAAAUACACCUCUAGAUCAUGUAUGAUUUUAGAAUUCCUCUCUCUAGUUUCUGGAAUGAUGUACAUGACUAACAAAAUAUAUAUAGGUGUGGAAGUCAAUAUCAAACAUUUUACUCAUGUGCUUUACAUUGGUCAUUUGAUUGCUCACAUUCAAUCUUCAUUACUUUGCAGAAUUACCAAUAUAGAGUAUGCAUGAAAAGAAGUUAGACCAUCCAGAGGAACCAAAAUGAUAGUACAGCCAGUAGGGCACCUACCUUAUAUACAGCCAACCUGGGUUCGCUCCCCAGCAUCCCAUUUGGUCCCCUGAGCCUGCCAAGAGUGAUUCCUGAGGGGCUGGAGCACAGCGGGUAGGGCGUUUGCCUUGCACUCGGCCAACCCGGUUUCGAUUCCCAGCAUCCCAUAUGGUCCCCUGAGCACCGCCAGGAGUGCAGAGCCAGGAGUAACCCCUGUGCAUUGCCAGGUGUGGCCCAAAAAGCAAAAAAAAAAAAUUUAAAAGCAAAAAUGAUUCCUGAGAUCAGAGCCAGGAGUAAGCCCUGAGCACCACCGGGUGUGGCCCCAAAACAAAAUAAAAAGACUAUACAUAUGGGGUUAGAGAUAGUACUAUUGGAAGGGCAUUUGCUUUCCGUGUGGCCAAUCCAGAUUCAUCCCCAGCACUCUGUAUGGUCCCCUGAGCACCACCAGGAGUGAUAGCUGAGUGCAGAGUCAGGAGUAAGCCCUAAGCACCACCAGGUAUGCACAUCCCCCCCUUGAUUUACAGUCAAGUUAAAUAAUAGCAGUUACACUGAAGUCAUUAUAAAAGGUAAGUUUUGUUUGGGGGCCACACUCAGCUGUGCUCAGGGCUUGCUCCUGGCUCUGCUGAAGGAUCACUCCAGAUGGGCUAAGGGGACUGUAUGGAGUACCAGGGAUUGAAUCCAUGUCACCCAUGCAAGGCAAACACCUGCUGGGCUAUCACUCUGGCACCUAAAAGUAAAAUUUUAAAUCUUGUAUAGAGGUUGAUAAAUUUCAACAGACUACCAAAUAGGAAUCCAAAAUCCUAAAAACAGUGAAGAAACUUCCCAUGAUGGGCCAACCUGGAUGUGAUACCCAGCAUUCCUUUUGGUUCCCUGAGCCCCA